UGAGAGCUCGCGAGCAAGCGAGAUCAAGUGUGAUGAAGGGCGGCAACCUCAUUAAGUCUGCAAGUCAACCAUGCAAAUGUCCCCGGAGAACGGCGCCAGAUCACGUCCGUGCCUUUUCUUGCUACUUCUUCUGACCUGAAAUGCAAUUGACUGCAAGUGAACACCAAGAUGAGUGUCGAUCAGAGCGACGUGUCUUCGUAUUUUGUUGUUUGCAAAGGUUGGACGAAUGAGGCUGCGGACAGCGUCGAUCCCGGAGCGGUUGGUGUGUGUGCGCAAGCGGCAAUUGCCCGAUAAAAUGCCCGAUAAGGAAAUGAAGGGAAAGGGCGCAGCUCAAAUAAACUCCAGCGACGCACGGGCUGUCUCUCAGAAGGAGGACGUCCAAGUGGCCUGAUGUUUCCCCAUCAGUGGCGGGCGCGAGACUUGCUGGAUCAAACCGGUGGACUUUGUCUGGGUUCCGAUUAAAAUUUUGAAGUUUGGAGUAUCCUUCAGAGAAGAAGCGACCACCUCAAUGUGGUGAAGGAAACGCGCGCCACAUCAUGAAGGAGUCGCAGCAAAGCAAAGAGACCCCCCCGAUGGUUGACUUUGACCAAGCCUGGCCCCUCCAACCUGCCACUCGUCUCUGCCUUAACGCCUUGGACUUCACGGACCUCUGGGAUGAGGAAGACGUGGACGCAGACGCCGCAGAAGGGGAAGCGAGCAACUCGGGAAGCGACUCGAGCAAGGAAGGAUUCCGCGGGGUCUCAGCACCUCCGCCACCCCCUCCUCUCGACCCCCGAAUCUUCACGGGCUCCCCAAAGAGCGCUUCGGCUAAAAGCGGCACCCUGAAGCUCCACUGGCGGGCACUGCAGAAUGUGGCCCCGCUUCCCAGGAAGACUCGCUUCGGGACGCAGACCAUCUGGACCAAACUGGAGCCGGUCCAUUUGGAUACGGCGCGACUGGAGUUCCUGUUCGAAUGGAAGGGCAAGAGCGCUUGCUUGAGUCUCGCUUGUGGCCAGCGGAAACAAGCCUCAGUCUCAGUGUUGGGGAUGAAGAGGAGUAACAACGUCACCAUCACCCUGAGCGGCCUGCCUCCCCUGCACCUCCUCCCGCCUGCAAUUUACAGCAUGGACGGCACCGUCCUGGACCGCGAGGACAUCCAGCGACUUCGGACGCUGAUCCCAACGGAGGAGGAGCUAAGUCUGAUCAAGGAGGCCAAGGCCCAGAAUCCGAACUCCCGUCUCGCCCCGGCCGAGCUCUGCUUACUGGCUUUGGGGGAGAUCCCUCACCUGGACUCCAGACUUCGGCUGUGGGCCUUCGUGUUGGAUUACGACUCCUUCGAGCAGGAAAUCGCCAAGCCUCUCUUCUACCUGAAGCAGGCCAUGGAGCAGCUGGUCGCCAGCCAGACCUUCAGACAUGUUCUUGCGACGGUGCUGGCCAUCGGUAACUUUCUCAACGGAUGUAAGGCCCGCGGUUUCGAGUUGAGCUACCUGGGCAAGCUCUCUCAAGUGCGGGACACGCGUUCUCGCCAACCUCUGCUCCAUCACGUCUGCGUGCUUCUCCUGCAGCUCUACCCGCGAUCCUCGGACCUUUACUCGGACAUGACGACUGUGAGCAAAGCCGGCAAGUGCGACUACUCCCUGGUCCUCGCCAACCUGGACCGCCUUGAGGCCCUGUCCAAGAGAUCAUGGGAGCAGUUGAAGGUUUUGGAUAAAGCGGACGAUUUAAAAUGGGCAAAAGGGGAGAAGAGACGACUUGUCGGUGGAGGGGAAAGCCCGGGGCUCGGCGGCACACUUCGUCACAAGCUGCCAAAUCUUCUGGAAGAGUGUCAGGGCAGGACCAAGGUCCUGAGAGCCGUACACCGUCGGGUUAUCAACAGGUUCCACUCCUUCCUUCUGUUCCUGGGCUACUCCAGAGCAAUGGCGCGAGAAACCAGAGCCGAGGAUUUCUGUAAAACCAUCAGUGACUUCUCUCUGGAGUUCCGGGCCGCUUGGCAGACGGUCCUCCUUCAGAAAGAGCGCGCCGCGAGAAGCCCGGUUUCGAACACUCCAACCAGAGGGGCCAAAUGUCAGCCAUCUCAGACAACGGAAAGCCAGCAACAUUGCACGCUGGAGGAGGUGCUGAGAACGUCCGAGUCCACCCCCAGGCCGGAUGUGACUCUGCCUCUGCGCCGCAGGAGGAUGUCAAACGUGCGAGGUCCAGUCUUGACAAAAUUCAAGCGGGAAGCCUGCUGAUAAAAAGCGAAUACAGUUUGUCACAUGUGUAGUAAAAGUGGUCGCAUAACCGUGUGUGUGGCCUUUUUUGUUGUUGUUUUUUUUUUUUGCUUUAGUCGACAAACUGACUUGAUGAUAAACAGAAGAAAAAUGACUUUUCUGAACUAUUAAGUGCCAUUUCCAUCAAUGAUUGUUCUUUCACGAUCAUUUAUAAACAUAAUUUUAGUCGCAUUCCGCAACUUUUGUUCAUGUUUUAUUCCUCCUUUCAAAUAAAGCUUUGUUGUUUG